UGACUUGCCCCUACACCUAGGAUAUAAACUUACCAUCCUAGGGCCGGCCUGCACUUACAAGGCCACGGCAACCGAGACAAGCUGACCUGCCAGGCACUCCUGGAACUGAUAUUCUAAUCACCUCCUGGGCCCAGUCUGCCACCUGCCUCAGCUCCCAGGACAAAGGUCAUCUGGAUGCUCGAUAGAGGCUCUGGGGCAAGGAGGCCAGGUUCUGAGAUGGCGUCGCCACUAGAGAAUCACUUGAGUCCAUGCUGGGGACAGAGGCAGCCACUGGUCCAGUGAUACCCUCACAGCAGCGCAGGCUCUCCAUACAUCCUGACAAAGAUGGCCUCCAGCAGGCACAGAGCCUGCCAGCUGAGCAAUCCUCACAGAGAAAGCCAUUCAUAGAUGCACCAGGAUGUGGCCUGAGAAGGUGAAAUGUGGCCACGGGACACUGUGAAGAUGGAUCACAUGUCUCCCAGGCUGAGAGCCUUCCUCUCUGAACCCAUUGGAGAAAAGGAUGUUGCCUGGGUGGACGGGAUCAGCCGUGAGCUUGCAAUCAAUUUGGUCACCAAAGGUUUCAACAAGGCCUACAUCCUGUUGGGACAGUUCCUUCUGAUGCACAAGAACGAAGCAGAGUUUCAGAAGUGGCUCAUCUGUUGUUGUGGUGCCACUGAGUGUGAGGCCCAGGAGAGUUCUCAUUGUCUGAAGGAGUGGUGCUCCUGCUUCCUAUAG